AUGGGGUUUGGCAGGGGGAUAUGGGCACUGGAAUGGGCUUUCCUGUUUGCACUGUGCUGUAUCCAUCAGAUAGCCACAGUCUCACCUAAGGUUAACAUUAUCCAGCCAAUGCUGACAAAUCCAUUAAUAACAUCCUCCAAUCCUGCUCACAAUGGCCGUGUGUGCAGCACCUGGGGCAAUUUCCACUUCAAGACCUUUGAUGGAGACAUAUUCUUCUUCCCUGGGCUCUGCAAUUACGUUUUUGCAUCCCAUUGCAAUGCUCCCUAUGAGGAUUUCAACAUUCAGAUGAGACGUGCUGUAGUGGGAAAUGCUCCAACAGUCAGCCAGAUUGUCAUGAAGCUGGAAGGGGUGGCUGUUGAGCUAGCAAAGGAUGCUGUCAUCAUCAAUGGCAACAGGGUUCAGCUGCCAUACAGCCAAUCUGGAAUUACAAUAGAGAAAAGCAGCAUUUAUGUGAAAGUUGCCAGCAAAAUGGGUAUUCUGUUAUUGUGGAAUGAAGAUGAUAGCAUCCUGUUGGAACUGAAUGAGAAAUAUGCCAACCAGACCUGUGGACUUUGUGGAGACUUCAAUGGCCUUCCAACUUACAAUGAGUUCUAUUCAAACAAUAUUAAGAUGACAGCCUUGCAAUUUGGGAACAUGCAGAAAAUGGAUGGUCCAACAGAACACUGUGAAGACUCCACUUCUACCCUGACAGACAACUGCACUUCUGAUUUUGAUGACAUAUGCCAGAAAACACUGACCAGCUCUGCAUUUGCAGAAUGUAAUGAGCUAGUUGAUGUUAGAGAGUACAUUGUGGCUUGCCAAAGUGACUUGUGCCUCUCUGAGAAGUCUGAAAAUGCCUCCUGCAUCUGUGACACCUUUGCUGAAUACUCCAGGCAGUGUUCUCAUGCUGGUGGGACACCCCUGAACUGGAGAACCUCAAUGCUGUGCUCCAAGAAGUGUCCCUACAACAUGGAAUACCAGGAGUGCAGCUCACCCUGUGCUGACACCUGCACCAAUCCUGAGCGAUCUCAGCUUUGUGAGGAGCACUGCAUGGAUGGCUGUUUCUGCCCCCCAGGGACUGUAUUUGAUGACAUUAACAAUUCUGGCUGCAUUCCCCAAGAGCAGUGCUCCUGUGUUUACAAUGGCUACACCUAUGCUACAGGAGCAUCAUUUUCAGAGCAGUGCCAAUCCUGUACCUGUCACGGAGGGCAGUGGAGCUGCCAGGAUAUGUCAUGCCCAGGAACAUGUUCAGUAGAGGGAGGGUCACACAUUUCCACAUUUGACAAAAAACAUUAUGACCACCAUGGAGACUGCACUUAUGUCCUUUCUAAGCACUGCACAGAUGAAACAUUCACCAUCCUGGCAGAGCUACGCAAAUGUGGCCUAACAGACACUGAGACCUGCUUAAACACAGUGACCCUCAACAUCAACAAAGGAGAAACUCUGAUUGAGGUCAAAAGGGAUGGUGCUGUGUUUGUGAACUCCAUCUACACCCAGCUGCCCAUCUCAGCAGCUAAUGUCACCGUGUUCAGACCUUCAUCAUUCUUUGCCAUCAUUCAGACAAACUUUGGUGUCCACCUUGAAAUCCAGACCAUCCCCAUCAUGCAGGUCUUUGUGCGCCUGGAUCCUGUUUUCAAAAACCAGACCUGUGGGCUCUGUGGAAAUUUCAAUAAUAUCCAGACUGAUGACUUCAAGGCUAUAAGUGGAAUCAUUGAAGGGACAGCAACAGCAUUUGCAAAUACAUGGAAAACUCAGGCUUCGUGCCCUAAUAUCCAGCAGAGUUUUGAGAACCCUUGUGCUCUCAGCAUUGAAAAUGAAAAAUAUGCUCAGCACUGGUGUGGACUACUAACUGACAGCAAAGGACCUUUUGCUGAUUGUCACAAUGCAGUGAAUCCCUCUGUUUAUCACACGAACUGCAUGUUUGACACAUGUAACUGUGAAAAUAGUGAGGACUGUCUGUGUGCAGCCCUGUCUUCCUAUGUGAGAGCUUGUGCUGCCAAAGGAAUCCUGCUGCCUGGCUGGAGGGAUGAUGUCUGCUCAAAAUACACCACCUCAUGCCCAGAAACCCUAAGCUACAGCUACACCAUCUCAUCCUGUCAACCCACCUGUCGGUCUCUGAGUGAGCCUGAUGUCACAUGCAGCAUUAAGUUUGUCCCAGUGGAUGGCUGCACCUGUGUAAAUGGAACCUACCUGGAUCAGAGUGGCAAAUGUGUGCCUGCUGCUGAGUGUCCCUGCUACUUCAGGGGAUCUCCCAUUUCACUGGGAGAAGCUGUCCAUGAAAAUGGGCUGGUGUGCACUUGCAUUCAGGGAAGACUGAAUUGCAUUGGAUCACCCAAUCCAACUCCAGUCUGUGAAUCUCCCAUGGUCUACUUCAACUGUAGAAACACCACUGCAGGAACAACUGGAGCAGAAUGCCAAAAAAGUUGCCAGACUCUGGAUAUGCAGUGUUAUAGCACACAGUGUGUAUCUGGCUGUGUGUGCCCAGCUGGGCUUGUGUUGGAUGGGAAUGGUGGAUGUAUUCCUGAGCAGGAGUGUCCCUGUAUUCACAAUGAGGCCAUGUAUCAGCCUGGGGAAAAGCUCAGUGUUGACUGUAACACCUGUGUAUGCAAAAACAGGAAGUGGGAAUGCACCAAUGAUCCAUGUCUGGGGACUUGUGCUGUUUAUGGAGAUGGCCAUUAUAAUACCUUUGAUGAAAAAAGGUUCAGCUUCAAUGGGAACUGUGAAUACACUCUAGUUCAGGACCACUGUGGGAAGAGCAGCACAGCCAAUGGGACCUUCAGGGUUAUCACUGAAAAUAUUCCCUGUGGCAACACUGGGACAACUUGCUCAAAAUCUAUUAAAGUUUUCUUAGAGGGCUAUGAACUGAUACUUGGUGAGGAACAUUUCAGUGUGGUAAAGAGAGGAGAAAAUCAUGAGGUGCCAUACACAGUCCGCUAUAUGGGUAUGUACCUGGUGAUAGAGACCACAAGUGGACUGAUCCUCAUGUGGGACAAGAAAACCAGCAUCUUCAUCAAGCUCAGCCCUGAUUUUAAGGGCCAGGUCUGCGGCCUCUGUGGAAAUUACGAUGGCAAUGGCAUCAACGACUUCACUACAAGGAGUCAGUCUGUGGUAGAGAAUGUCCUAGAGUUUGGAAACAGCUGGAAAGUAUCCUCUACAUGUCCUGAUGCUUACAGCAUACAGGAACCAUGUUCUACCAACCCAUAUCGAAAAUCCUGGUCAGAGAGGCAGUGCAGCAUCAUCAACAGCAAUGUCUUUGCUGCCUGUCACUCUCAGGUUGAACCAGCACAAUAUUACCAAGCAUGUGUGACAGAUGCCUGUGCCUGUGACACUGGAGGAGACUGUGACUGCUUUUGCACAGCAGUAGCUGCCUAUGCCCAAGCAUGUAAUGAAGUUGGUGUCUGCAUUGCCUGGAGAACCCCAACAAUCUGUCCACUGUUCUGUGAUUACUACAAUCACCAAGGGGAAUGUGAAUGGCACUAUAAGCCCUGUGGAGCAUCCUGUAUGAAGACCUGUAGGAAUCCAAGUGGAAAAUGCCUCAAUGACUUGCCAGGUUUAGAAGGCUGCUACCCUAACUGCCCACCAGACAAACCAUAUUUUCAUGAGGACCAGAUGAAGUGUGUCAGUCUCUGUGACUGUUAUGAUACUGAAGAGGGAAAGAUAUACAGAAGGGAUGAAUGUCAGUUAUGUGAAUGCACAUCAGAAGGUUUAAAGUGCAAGUAUGAUGCCAAAGCAUGCCACUGUGUUUAUGAAGGGAAGAGCUAUAAAUAUGGUGAAACAAUCUACAACACCACAGAUGGAAUUGGAUGGUGUUUCAGUGCAACCUGUGAUGUCAACGGGACAAUAAACAGAGAUAUCCUUAAAUGUGGCCUCACUACAACACCUACACUUUCAUUUUCUACAAUUCAGCCCAAAACUACUCCUCCAGCAAAGACAACUGCAACCCCAGUGACAACUGCAAGUCCAGUGACAACUGUUUGUGUGAGGAACCUGUGCAGGUGGUCAGAAUGGUUGGAUGCCACAAAGCCCGAAAGCAAUGAAGAGAGUGGAGAUUAUGAAACAUUUAAAAACCUGAGAAGUAAAGGAUACAGUGUGUGUCAAAACCCCAGCAGUGUCCAAUGCAGAGCCAAAGAACAGCCAGAUACAGAGAUAAACAAUCUGAACCAAACAGUGAUCUGUAGUCAAACUGAAGGAUUAAUCUGCAACAACAAAGAUCAACCAUCUAAGCAAUGUAUAAAUUAUGAAAUCAGGAUAUCAUGCUGCAGCUAUGUACCAUGCUCAGAAACAGAAACUACAAAACUGACAACCACAGUGCAAAUUACAACUACUGAACGAACACCAUUUACAAUCCUGACAAAGACGAAGCCAACACAAAACAAACAGACUACACCUGGAACAUCUAAACUAAAAACACAGACACCACCUCAAACUGGAAGUCCUCUACCACAAACUUCACUUAAACCACAGACAACAACAGCAAAGACCUCUCCUCCUCCAACACCAAGCACAACCAUCAUCCCAUCCUCAGCAACAGUGCCCACAUCAGCCACAACCACUACCAGCACAUCCAGUACCACGGUGUCCAUCAGCACAGCUGUUCCAGGACAAACCACCACUGUGACCACAGAACUUUCAACAUCACCCACAGUCACAACACCUAAACUGAGCACCACCACUGGCACCACGGUACCAUCCAGCACUGAAAAUGGUGACAUGGAGACUUUUGCAAAAAUCCGAGCUGCUGGAUAUAAUCUGUGUGACAAGCCCCGAGACAUCCAGUGUCGUGCUAAAGAUUUCCCUGACAGAACUAUUCAGACCAUGGGACAGGUAUUUGAGUGCAGCCUUGACACGGGGCUCAUCUGCAGGAACAAGGAUCAGAUCAGGAAGUACCCCAUGUGCUUUGACUAUGAGAUCACAGUGUAUUGCUGUGAACGUGACCACUGCCUGAAUACAACAGCCACACCAGGGACAACUGGGACAGGAACUCCAACAUCACCCACUGUGACUUCUACCACCCCUCAACCUACAGUAAACACCACCACGUUUGUCCCCAGUACCACGGGGUCACCAGCAAAAGGCACAACCACCAGCAGCACCAGCACCACCAGGACCACUCCUCCUCCAACAUCAAGCACAACCCUCAACCCAUCCUCAGCAACAGUGCCCACAUCAGCCACAACCACUACCAGCUCCUCCAGCACCACGGUGUCCAUCAGCACAGCUGUUCCAGGACAAACCACCACUGUGACCACAGAAAUUACAACAUCACCCAUGGUCACAACAGCUACAUUGAGCACCACCACUGGCACUACACUCCCCCCAAGUACCACUGAGAUACCAACAGAGGGAACAACCACCACCACCAUCAGCACCAGCACCACCAGGACCUCUCCUCCUCCAACCUCAAGCACAACCAUCAGCCCAUCCACAGCAACAGUGCCCACACCAGGCACAACCACUACCAGCACCUCCAGCACCACAGGAGAAAGCACCACAGGAUCCAUCACCUCAGCUGUUCUAGGAAAAACCACCACUGUACCCACAGGACCUUCAACAUCACCCACGGUCACAACAGCUUCAUUGAGCACCACCCCUGGUACCACAGUCCCCCCGAGUACCACCGAGCCACCAACACAAGGAAAAACCACAACCAGCACCACCAGCAUCACCAGCACCACCAGGACCUCUCCUCCUCCAACACCAAGCACAACCCUCAACCCAUCCUCAGCAACAGUGCCCACAUCAGCCACAACCACUACCAGCUCCUCCAGCACCACAGUGUCCAGCAGCACAGCUGUUCCAGGAAAAACCACCACUGUGCCCAAAGAACCUUCAACAUCACCCACAGUCACAACACCUAAACUGAGCACCACUACUGGCACCACAGAACACUCCAUCCCUCCCAGUACCACCAAACCACCGAAACAGGGAACAACCACCAGCAGCACCAGCACCACCAAGACCUCUUCUCCUCCAACACCAAGCACAACCCUCAUCCCAUCCUCAGCAACAGUGCCCACAUCAGCCACAACCACUAUCAGCACAUCCAGCACCACAGUGUCCAUCAGCACAGCUGUUCCAGGACAAACCACCACUGUGACCACAGAACCUUCAACAUCACCCACGGUCACAACACCUAAACUGAGCACCACCACUGGCACCACAGUACCAUCCAGUAGCACUGAGUCACCAACACAAAGAACCACCACCACCAGCAGCACCAGAACCACCAAGACCUCUCCUCCUCCAACACACAGCACAACCAUCAGCCCAUCUACAGCAACAGUGUCCACACCAGCCACAACCACUACCAGCACCUCCAGCACCACAGGAGAAAGCACCACAGGAUCCAUCACCUCAGCUGUUCUAGGAAAAACCACCACUGUACCCACAGGACCUUCAACAUCACCCACGGUCACAACAGCUUCAUUAAGCACCACCCCUGGUACCACAGUCCCCCCCAGUACCACCGAGCCACCAACACAAGGAAAAACCACAACCAGCACCACCGGCAUCACCAGCACCACCAAGACCUCUUCUCCUCCAACACCAAGCACAACCCUCAUCCCAUCCUCAGCAACAGUGCCCACAUCAGCCACAACCACUACCAGCACCUCCAGUACCACGGUGUCCAUCAGCACAGGUUUUCCAGGAAAAAACACCACUGUGCCCAAAGAACCUUCAACAUCACCCACGGUCACAACACCUAAACUGAGCACCACCACUAGCACCACAGAACACUCCAGUACCACUGAGUCACCAACACAAAAAAUAACCACCACCACCAGUAGCACCAGCACCACCAGGACCUCUCCUCCUCCAACACCAAGCACAACCAUCAUCCCAUCCUCAGCAACAGUGCCCACAUCAGCCACAACCACUAUCAGCACAUCCAGUACCACGGUGUCCAUCAGCACAGCUGUUCCAGGACAAACCACCACUGUGACCACAGAACUUUCAACAUCACCCACAGUCACAACACCUAAACUGAGCACCACCACUGGCACCACGGUACCAUCCAGUACCACUGAGUCACCAACAGAAAAAACAACCACCACCAGCAGUAGCAGCAGCAGCACCAGCAAGACCUCUCCUCCUCCAACCCCAAGCACAACCAUCAUCCCACCCACAUCAGCAGUGCCCACACCAGCCACAACCACUACCAGCACCUCCAGCACCACAAGCAGGUGCCAGGAGCGCUGUUUCUGGUCUCAGUGGUUUAACGUUGAUUCUCCUGCCCCAGGCACUGAAAAUGGUGACAUGGAGACUUUUGCAAAAAUCCGAGCUGCUGGAUAUAAUCUGUGUGACAAGCCCCGAGACAUCCAGUGUCGUGCUAAAGAUUUCCCUGACAGAACUAUUCAGACCAUGGGACAGGUAUUUGAGUGCAGCCUUGACACGGGGCUCAUCUGCAGGAACAAGGAUCAGAUCAGGAAGUACCCCAUGUGCUUUGACUAUGAGAUCACAGUGUAUUGCUGUGAACGUGACCACUGCCUGAAUACAACAGCCACAACAGGGACAACUGGGACAGGAACUCCAACAUCACCCACUGUGACUUCUACCACCCCUCAACCUACAGUAAACACCACCACGUUUGUCCCCAGUACCACGGGGUCACCAGCAAAAGGCACAACCACCAGCAGCACCAGCACCACCAGGACCUCUCCUCCUCCAACAUCAAGCACAACCCUCAACCCAUCCUCAGCAACAGUGCCCACAUCAGCCACAACCACUACCAGCUCCUCCAGCACCACGGUGUCCAUCAGCACAGCUGUUCCAGGACAAACCACCACUGUACCCACAGGACCUUCAACAUCACCCACGGUCACAGCAGCUACAUUGAGCACCACCACUGGCACUACACUCCCCCCAAGUACCACUGAGAUACCAACAGAGGGAACAACCAUCACCACCAUCAGCACCGGCACCAACAAGAUCUCUCCUCCUCCAACACAAAGCACAACCAUCAUCCCACCCACAUCAGCAGUGCCCACACCAGCCACAACCACUACCAGCACCUCCAGCACCACAAGCAGGUGCCAGGAGCGCUGUUUCUGGUCUCAGUGGUUUAACGUUGAUUCCCCUGCCCCAGGCACUGAAAAUGGUGACAUGGAGACUUUUGCAAAAAUCCGAGCUGCUGGAUAUAAUCUGUGUGACAAGCCCCGAGAUAUCAAGUGUCGUGCUAAAGAUUUCCCUGACAGAACUAUUCAGACCAUGGGACAGGUAUUUGAGUGCAGCCUUGACACGGGGCUCAUCUGCAGGAACAAGGAUCAGAUCAGGAAGUACCCCAUGUGCUUUGACUAUGAGAUCACAGUGUAUUGCUGUGAACGUGACCACUGCCUGAAUACAGCCACACCAGGGACAACUGGGACAGGAACUCCAACAUCACCCACUGUAACUUCCACCACCCCUCAACCUGCAGUAAACACCACCACGUUUGUCCCCAGUACCACAGAGUCACCAGCAAAAGGCACAACCACCAGCAGCACCAGCACCACCAGGACCUCUCCUCCUCCAACAUCAAGCACAACCAUCAGCCCAUCCUCAGCAACAGUGCCCACAUCAGCCACAACCACUACGAGCUCCUCCAGCACCACAGUGUCCAUCAGCACAGCUGUUCCAGGACAAACCACCACUGUACCCACAGGACCUUCUACAUCACCCACGGUCACAACAGCUACAUUGAGCACCACCACUGGCACUACACUCCCCCCAAGUACCACUGAGAUACCAACAGAGGGAACAACCACCACCACCAUCAGCACCAGCACCACCAGGACCUCUCCUCCUCCAACCUCAAGCACAACCAUCAGCCCAUCCACAGCAACAGUGCCCACACCAGGCACAACCACUACCAGCACCUCCAGCACCACAGGAGAAAGCACCACAGGAUCCAUCACCUCAGCUGUUCUAGGAAAAACCACCACUGUACUCACAGGACCUUCAACAUCACCCACAGUCACAACAGCUUCAUUGAGCACCACCCCUGGUACCACAGUCCCCCCCAGUACCACUGAGCCACCAACACAAGGAAAAACCACAGCCUACAGCACCGGCAUCACCAGCACCACCAGGACCUCUCCUCCUCCAACACCAAGCACAACCAUCAGCCCAUCCUCAGCAACAGUGCCCACAUCAGCCACAACCACUACCAGCACCUCCAGUACCAUGGUAUCCAUCAGCACAUCUGGUCCAGGACAAACCACCACUGUGCCCAAAGAACCUUCAACAUCACCCACGGUCACAACAGCUUUAUUGAGCACCACCACUGGUACCACAGUACACUCCAGUACCACUGAGUCACCAACACAAAAAACAACCGCCACCAGCAGUAGCACCAGCACCACCAAGACCUCUCCUCCUCCAACACCAAGCACAACCAUCAUCCCAUCCUCAGCAACAGUGCCCACAUCAGCCACAACCACUACCAGCUCCUCCAGCACCACAGUGUCCAUCAGCACAGCUGUUCCAGGAAAAACCAUCACUGUGCCCACAGAACCUUCAACAUCACCCACGGUCACAACACCUAAACUGAGCACCAGCACUGGCACCAAGGUAUCAUCCAGUAGCACUGAGACACCAACACAAAGAACAGCCACCACCACCAGCAGCACCAGCACCACCAAGAUCUCUCCUCCUUCAACAUCAAGCACGACCAUCAUCCCAUCCACACCAGCAGUGCCCACAUCAGCCACAACCACUACCAGCACCUCCAGCACCAGCACUAAAGCAGGCACCGCAGUAUCCAUCCCCACAACAGAAGGAAGCACAUCAGUCAGCAAACCCCCAUGUUUUUGUCACGUCUUUGGCAGAUUCCUUUCUCCUGGGGACGUGGUAUACAACACAACAGAUAAGGCUGGCUGUAAUUUUUAUGCACUAUGCAACAACGAAUGUGAAACUGACACAUUCCAGGGGCCAUGUCCUUCAACAACUUUCACUCCCUUUGUCUCUAAAACUUCAAAGCAAGUCACCUCAUCCACAGAACGUGCAUCUUCUGUCUCAUCAACCACAGCAACAUCUCCCACAACUUCAGUAGAAAGAAACUGUCCAGAGUCCCCAACACAAGAAGGACACAGAGCCUGGAGGAGGCUCCAGUGUGACCUUGUAGCAGCUUUCCAGCACCUGAAGGAGGCCUACAAGAAAGCUGGGCUGGGGAUUUUUGCAGUGGCAGGACCUAUACCUGAUGUCUGUGUGAUCAAUGGUACAACACACACGGUUGGAAUGUCAACAAUAACUGAUUCGUGUCAGAAAUGUACCUGCAGUUCUGAGAAAGAUCCAAUGACUAUGGCAAACGUUGUGCAUUGUGAACCAGUUCGCUGUGAAACAUCUUGCCCACUGGGUCAUCAGUAUAUGGCUGAGGAAGGACAGUGCUGUGGGAAGUGUCUUCCAGUAGCUUGCAAAAUUAGACUAAGGAACAACACUCUUCAUGUGCUCAAGGUUGAUGAGAUCCUGCCACUUGAUAACUGCAGCUAUUACAAAUGUGAAAUAAUUGAAGACCAAUAUGUUGCAGUCCAAACUAAAAAAGUAUGCCCAGCAUACGACCCAGGAGAGUGUGAUCCUGACUUCAAGAAGGGUCAGGAGGAGGAUCUGCAGAACUAUGGGCCCAUCAGCCCCAGAACCUUCCCCAGCACUGGAGGUCAGACUGUCAGGCCCAAUCAGAUUGUGUUUACCAAAGGCAGGUACUCACUGAUGAACCCAGCUUCCUUCUCUGACAAAGUGACCCACCUAGUAGAUGAAGGGAAGACUGUGGAUGGUUUUUAUCUGGACUUCAGUAAGCCUGUGACAGUUUCCCCACAGGAUUUGCUCCUGGACAAGCUGGCUGCUCAUGGCUUGGAUAGGUGUAUGGUUCCCUAA